ACGCACUGGACAUUUUAUUUCUAAUUGUAUUACUAAAAAGAGAGACAGAGAACGAAAACAAGGCUCCUAUAACUGAAGACCUACCAGAGAUAAUUGACAUAAUUAUUCUUAAUCCAGAAGUCAAGAUCAUCCUUGAAAUAGAAGCCAUCUUAUGA